ACCCCUUGACAUUUUUAGAGCCAUAACAAAAUAAUUUCUAUAAAAUAAUUUCUAUAAAAUGAUAUAUAGAUUUAUAUAGACAAAGUAUUUUAUCAUGUCAGGCAUGCUUAUUUGUAUUUACAAAAUUAAUGAUAAUUCAUGCAGAUAAUUAGCUACCAAUGAUUAUAAAAAGCGCAUUAGACAGACGUGCUUUUCAAAGCCUACGCAGUAAGUGCGCGAAGAAAAUCAUCCCAAAAAUAAUAAAAACACUACCUGUUGACUAACGUGAAUCAAGCAACAAACAGCUUUAAAACAUCCUUACCUGACGCACUGGCCCGUAUGUCCUUCUGAACAGGUCUCUGACUGAUAUAGGCCUACUGAAGACAGAAGAGAUGGACAGGAGGAGGAUUGUGGGGAGAGAAGGAGUUAAGACCAGCAAAUAUAUAGUGCCAUGCUUCCUGUUUGUAGAGCUGGUGAUCAUGGCAGGAACGGUUCUCCUGGCAUACUACUUUGAGUAUACGGACACGUUCCCGGUGCACGUUCAAGGAUUCUUCUGCUUCGAUAAAGCCUUCUCCAAGCCGUAUCCAGGACCUGAAGAUGACAGCAAAGCUCCUCCGGUGCUGGUGUAUUCGCUGGUCACCGCCAUCCCCACCGUCACCAUUCUGCUGGGGGAGCUCGCAUCCUUCUUAACUAAACCUGAGGCUACGCAGGAGAAGACAAUAGUUACGGCUGACUGCUGCUAUUUCAACCCGCUGCUGAGACGCAUUGUCCGCUUCCUUGGUGUGUAUUCCUUUGGCCUCUUUACCACCACCAUCUUUGCCAAUGCAGGGCAGGUAGUGACAGGAAACCAGACACCUCAUUUCUUGUCUACUUGCCGCCCGAACUACACCGCACUGGGCUGCCAUUCAGCGCUGCAGUACAUCACGGAGCGGCGAGCGUGCACCGGGAACCCUUACCUCAUCACCUCCGCACGCAAAUCUUUCCCCUCCAAGGACGCGGCACUGAGUAUGUACUCAGCUGUCUAUACAGUGAUGUAUAUAACUCUGGUAUGGAGGACUAAAGGCACAAGGCUGACCAAACCCACUCUCUGUCUGACUUUCCUCUCAUUGGCUGUUCUGGUGGGCAUCGUGCGUGUAGCUGAGUACCGUAACCACUGGUCUGAUGUUCUAGCUGGAUAUCUCACUGGAGGAGCCAUCGCCGCUUUCCUGGUCACAUGUGUGAUCAAUAACUUCAAGCAGACCCAGUCUCAGCUGCCACCCUUACCGCCCGCUGUGCACCCUCCACGCCCGGAGCCCUCGCUCAAUGUGCCCAUGGUGGCCAUGCACUGCGUAGAGAGUCCACUCGAAAACAGGUUCCAGGGGUUUUGUACACAGGCAUCACAUGACCAUCAGCCAUACCUGGCCCCCGCCCCUCCCGAUGUCCUCAUCCACUCACGUCGCUCCAUCUCCAGCGCAGUCUAGACAUGCCUUCAGAAUAUUCUACCUGCGCUCGCCCUAGACCCUCUCUCACAAGAUCAUACUCCACUCAGGUCUAGGGGCUCCCCGUGCUCACCUCUGCUGCCCCCUACUGACUCACAGAGACAAUGACAGCAAUAGCCACUCAUUUGAAUUGGGAUUAUUUUGUAAUGACUAUAUUUCAUAUUUGUCUGAAUCCUCAGAGUAUCUGUCUCUCAUCUAUUGGGUGUUUUUUUGCCAUCUUUGUACAUUUGUAGUGUAUUUCCAUCAUUAAAUGCCAGACAUCGACAUAUAGACACUAUUUGUACAAUUAUAAAAAAGAUUUUCUCAUCUAACAGCCAUACAGGAACUGAAUAUCAACUGUGAAAUGUAAGAUUUAAAUGAACAUCUACUGACAUUUAAGAGUGAACGGGAGAAAAUCAAUUCUAUUUUUUGGAAAUAUAGAUUGGUAGGAUGUAGCAAACUACUAGUAAGCUUAUCUGAAAGAUAUUAAAUAGAUUAUUAGCUCUAUUUUUAUGGCUAAGUAUUUGAGUUAAGUAUCCAUGGAGCAAAAUAUUGCAUUGUUCAGAAAUAGGGUUAUAGAGAAUCAAAGCUAUAGCUGUACAGAGACAGUUUCAAGACUGUAAUAUAUUUAAGAAAAUUGCAUUGUAAAGGAAACAAAUAUGUACAGAAUGUAGCAAAUGUUUUAUAUCUUACACUGUAUAAAAUGUGAAUGUUUUCCCUUGGAAUUUUACUAGAAUUAUUGGCAGGUUUAUUCAAUCUGUAAUAUAAUCCAGAACCAAAAACUAUAAAGCUAUAAGGAAUGACCUCAGGUUUCAUCCUAAGGUUAAUGGGAGACAUCUGCCAACUGUCCAUUUCUCACCGUAAGAUCAUACAAUUUUACUGUUUUCACUAAACAACUUCAUUCUGUAGAAUUUACUGAAUGUGUUCAAGAGACUUAUGUGAAAGACUCCGUUGUGAUUUAUGUUUUAUUUUUUUGAGAUUGUGAAACUGAACCGUUGGAAAUAUUCUGUAAAGCUUGUUGUCAGACAUUUUGUCUAUUGAUGUUAUUGGCUGUUUUUUAAACCAGCAUUUUUCUACAUCGUACAUCCACUAAAGUGAGAUAAAGCCUCUGUGUGUAACAUGGUGCUUGAAUGUGACUGUUCAGGUAUAGCCCUCCUUACAUUUGAUAAAAAAAUAAAAUAAAAAUAAAAAGUUCUAUACGAAGAUAGAUGAUUCUUGCAGAACAAGCUCAUUGUUAAUUAAACAUUUAAUUAAAAGGAAA